AUGGGUCGACGAUGGCUGGUGUGCGACGGAUCUUCGGCGGUGGAUGAGGAUGUCGGAGACGGCAGCGAGACCCGUGGUCGUGCGGUUGCGCCUAAGUCGUCGGUAUAUGAAGUCGACGGUAUUCUGCGAGAGUCGGGCUAUCAUGUGCCGGGGGUUGGACGGUGGCGGACGGCCGGUAUAUGGAGGUCGGCAGCGACGCGAGGAAGACGACGGUUAUGGCGUGAUGGACGGUGUGUGGACGACGAUGGCAUCUGUUGUGAUGGACGGCACGCGUACGGAGGCAGCGAGGCGGUCACCGGCGUGUGGACGGCAGCAGCCUGGUGUUGUGACGAGCUGUGA